UGCAGUGCAGGAGAAGAAAAGGGAUGUUUCAUAUUUAAGGUGGAAAGGAAGCGUGCACACUUAGGACAUGAGGAGAGGGACAGCUCUUGCAGUGUUGGUGCUGGCACUUUUUUCAUCUGCUACAGCAAAGCCCAAACGUCGCUUCACCCGAUAUCCAUCAUGGAAUACGAAAAUGUAUCCAGUCUGGAAAGAUGAAGAUCCUCGGUACAAAGACUCUUGGAAAGGUGGCAAGGUGAAGUUCAUUGUGGGUAAUGAUGCACCGACCCUGACUGGAGCCAAUGUGACCUUUACCAUCGAGCUGCAGUUCCCACACAACCAGAAGGUCACGCCCGAUGGAGAGGUGGUGUGGGCUGAGAACUGCACCGUCAAUGGAACGAAUUUCCAUCAGUCUGAGCCAGUGUAUCCUGCACAAAACAUGGACUGGAAUGAUGUCUUUCCUGACGGAACACCCUUCAAGAAGGGCGGUGACAAGCCCCCUGCAUAUGUUUUUGUAUGGAAGACAUGGGGUCAGUACUGGCAGGUGUCUGAUGGCCCAUCCUCCUCCCUCACCAUUGGGACAGACGAUGUCCCUCUGGGUUCCUACAUCGUGGACAUUGUAAUCUACCACUACCGCAGCCAUGAGAAGUUCAUCCCUCUGGGAUACGCCUCAAUACAGUUCUCCAUCACUGAUCAAAUCCCCUUCUCAGUCUCGAUGACCCAAGUGAACGACAUCAACGAGGCAGACCUGAGCUUCGUCCAGAACAGAGCCAUAGCCUUCACCAUCAGCCUCCACGACCCCAGCGAGUACCUGAGUGACACCGACAUCACCUACAACUGGGACUUUGGUGACAGCAGCGGGGCGCUCAUCUCCAGAGAGCUGACUGUCACCCACACCUAUGUAGUGGCUGGUGGCUUCAAGCCCCAGGUGGUCGUACAGGCCGUUAUCCCUGAUAAAGCAUGUGCCACACCAGCUGGUGUCAACCCUACUGGUAAUGCUGUCACCAUCGGGCCUGCAAACCCAGCCGGCACAACAGUGAGAGCUCCUGCUACUGAUGCGUCAGCUGCUCCAGUGAUGGUGGCCACACAGGAAGCUACAAUAAAUGUAGGCCCAUCAGCUCCCGCUGAGACUGACACAGAGGACAUGACUGAGGAGGGAGCCUCCACCGCUCGGGACACGAAGAUACCUUCUCAAGUUUAUCCUGACACUCCAACUGUCCCUGCUGCUGAGGAAUUAGAGCCAGCAGGACAGACUGCUACAGGCCAAGCUCCCGUGGGGAUAGUUGUUAAGCAUGAAGCCAAUGACAAACCCAAGGAUGAUGACUGUGUGAUCUAUCGCUAUGGGUCCUUCUGCACUGGCAUUGACAUCGUUGAGGGCAUUGAGAGAUUGAAGAUAGUGCAAGUGGACAAUGCUGUGAUCAAGAUGGAUGAAUCUGAGGUUGAACGAAACGUAGUGGAUCUAACUGUCACCUGCCAAGGGAGGUGAGUAUUCCUUCUCCAGACCCAAUUAAGGAAGACUGUCUCAGACAAUCACACCAUUUAUUAUUUCCCUAAGCAGAAUCAUGAUCCACAGACAAAUCCACUAAGUAUGUAGACCUAUAUCCCACCACUUAGGCACUAGGAUCAGUUUCAUUGCCCCAGCUCACAGGAUGCUGCUGAGGGGAGGAUGGCUCAUAAUCAUGGCUGGAUUGGAGUAAAUGGAAUAGUAUUAAACACAUGAAAACCUUGUGCUUAAUGUGUUUUAUACCAUUCCAUUCACUCCGUUCCAGCCAUUACUAUGAGCCCGUCCUCCCUGUUUAAAUUGAAACCUGCCGCCUGUGCCUCAGAUUAAUCCUAAUCCUGGAUUUAAAAUCAUUCUUGCAUUUUAGUCCAGGAUUAGUCUGGGUCAGGGAAUUCAGACUCAGAAAACUGUAUUGUCCUCAGAGAGGCAAUUUGUCUUGCAGCAGUCAUAAAACAUAUCACAUCUAAAAAUAAAUAGCAAAGGAAUCCGGUCCUUAGAGUUUCAACAAGUGUUUCUGACCCUGUGUCUAUUCUCCACCCAGCCACGGUGGUGUCCGAUGCAGACUGUUUUAUGCCCAUCCACACCAUGUGUAACACAGUGGCCCCCUCUAAUGAGUGCCAGCUGGUACUGCGUCACUUUUUCAAUGACUCCGGCAUCUUCUGUAUCAACGUGUCCAUGACCAACAAUGUCAGUCUGGCAGUCACCAGCGCCAAAUAUAGCGUGACCGUGGGUAUGUACCGUAAGAUGUCUGCUCUGCACAUCUGCCUCGCCACGUCUUGAAUCUGGGUCCCUGGGACAAUCAGUCCAACACCUUCAGUCCAACACCUAUUGUUAUUGGAAAUAAUAUAAUUAAUAUAUUGUAAUAUGAUGUUAUAUUAAGUUGUUUUACAUAAAUUAUUGUUUGGGUUUUUUGGUGGCAGGUUCCAGUCUGUCCUCAGCUGGCACUGUAGCCAUGGCAAUGAUGGUCCUGAUCGUUGCCCUGGUCACAGGAACCAUGGCCUACACUUACAAACGAUUCAAAGCCUACCUUCCUCUGAAGGAGGAGUCUGUGGUUGGCUCCACCUCCCAGAGCGCUGAGAGCAGUCCUGGUUGGAGCUCUGGGCCUCUACUGUUCUGGAACCUUCUGAGUCGAUGGGACCUUAUAGAGAACAGCCCACUGCUCGAUGACAGGCUGGUGUGAAUGGAAAACAACCCAUUCAACUGCCAAAUACACAACAGCAUAGAAACAUCUGUCAUCUGAAAUGUUUAGCUUUUUCUUUAAUCAAUUUUUUUAUACAUUUAUUUUUUAACUGAAAGUUCAUUAAUGGAUAUAAUUUGGCUUAUUACCAGCAAACUUAAAUGUGCAUCCUCAAAUGUUUAUAGUGGAAGUUUUAUCAGUGAAUAUUAUUGUAAAAUACUGUGAAGUCAGA